GGAAGUAUAAAAAAAUACCAAUGUGAGUAAUCAGUGUUGCUGUCAGACCGGGUUUGUUGUUGACAGCAGUCCAGAGCGACGGAAAAUAGAGAAGCGAUAAAGAUCAGUGAGGUAAGGAGGUGACACAGGUGGAGAGGCAGGAAACAACCAUGGGUGGAGAGCGGAGUACUAUGGGAGGGAAGGAAGGAGUUGGAGGAUAAAGAGAUAAGAGGGAAGCAGGCAAAGGAAUUUGUGACAAACUGAAAGCAGUGGAGUGUUGCUGAGGGGAAAGGGAGGAGCCAAGCACAAGAAAGAAGUUAAGCUUGGAGAGAAAGAGGGGUUAGAACAGGUAGAGUUGGUUAGCGGUGGCUUUAAUCCUUUUUCCACAACUUACCACCACUCUGUUCUUACUGCAGCCUAAAGAAAGCAAGAAGGAGAAAAAGCAGACAGAAAGGCCGAGUGGAGGCAGGAAAGGGGAAGAAGUUUAAGAGAAGAGAAACAAGCCUAAGAGGGGGAGAAAAAAAGGAGAGCAGAGACGAGGUCUAAACAGGGCAAAAAAAAAAAAAAACAGCUGACGGAAAAAAAAGCCUAGAAUGAACUCCACGGACUACUGACGUCAGCAAAAUAAAAAGAGGAAGAACGCCAGGGAAGAAGUUACUUUGGUCUGUGUGGCAUGCUCGAGCGAGUCUACUAUGCAAGUAAGACAGCUGGGAUAAACAAGAUUCGGGCACACUUCCAAACGGCACCUUUCUCUGAAGCAGCAUGUUGAUGAAAGAAUAUCGCAUAUGCAUGCCACUGACUGUGGAAGAGUACAGGAUAGGGCAGCUCUACAUGAUCAGCAAGCACUGCUGUGAGCAGAGCGACGGUGGAGAGGGAGUGGAGGUGGUGAGGAAUGAGCCAGAUACUCACCCUGAGCACGGCCUUGGACAGUUUACCGAGAAGCGAAUUUACCUCAGCAGCAAGCUGCCAUCUUGGGCCAAAACUUUUGCUCCGCGAAUCUUCUAUGUGACAGAAAAGGCAUGGAACUUCUAUCCAUACACCAUCACAGAGUAUUCAGUGUCAUUUAUCCCCAAGUUCAGCAUCCGUAUUGAGACAAGAUUUGAGGACAACAAUGGCAGUAAUGACAUAGUGUUUGGGGAUUCGCCAACCCCAGCAGAGAAUGUCAGCUUCCUGGAUAUUCUGACCGAUCCCAUUCCUGAAAAGCACUACAAAGAAUCAGAGGACCUGAGUCGCUGGCGGUCAAGUAAAACGAACCGUGGGCCCCUGGAGAAAGGCUGGAGAGACCACCACAAGCCCAUUAUGUGCUCUUAUAAGAGGGUGCAUUGCAGCUUUGAAGUGUACGGCUUGCAGACCAGGACAGAGGACUUCAUACAUCGAAGCAUCAAAGAUAUUCUUCUAGUUGGACACCGGCAGGCUGUAGCCUGGCUGGAUGAAUGGCACGGGCUUAGCUUGGAAGAGGUGAGAGAAUACGAGUCCACAAUGCAAGAGAAGACCAACAGCAAAGUCAAAUCCGGUCAGUGUAACACAGGCCCUCAGGUGUCCUUUCGUCCUGGUUUCCUCCGCUCCCUCUCUGUGACAGAUGAACAAUCCCUAAAGAAGAUGGGAAUGACCACAGCUGCCAUGUCUGACUCCUCCGCGUCUUCCGUGCCACACAGCCCCAGUCGCCACAAUUCAACCCCCGAGUGAAGCCUCACGUACUGUGUAUGUUCCAAACAAUGUCAACAACCGUCAUGUGAUGUUGCUUCUAACCUACCAACAUACAAAAGGAACAAGCUGUAACAAGAUGGUAAAAGAUAAGAUAAUGUGUCAUGGAAAAAAAUGACAGAGAGGUAGAGGUUAUUGUGACCCCCAUGUCUAAAUAAUGCAGUUUCAACAGAAAAAGGAGUUUUCCCAGUUGUGUUUUCCUCUAACAGGGGCGGAGCUACAAGGAGCAAAGGGGGCAAGAGAGAGCUUUGCCCUACACUUGCCACCCUAAUUUUUGAGUCAUUAGUUUCAAGAUUAAGAAAUCGUCAAUGCAAGCUUCUUUUAGCAUCGCAAAAUAAAAAUAUUUUUAAAUGAAAAACUGUCAAAACAUGUAUUUUUUAACCUUUCUACUUAGCUGUUCUGAUCUGCCGCCCUGCCCCAUAUAAAAUAUUCUAGAUCCGCCCCUGUAAAAAUGUAGCAUUUGCUUCUUUAGCUCAGCAAAAUAAUAUUUUUAUUUUAUGAACAAGUUGUGAUGUGAGCUUUCUGGACAAAACACUCACCUUCCAAAGUAAAUAUUGCUUAAAUUGCACGGAACCUCAAGAUGCUUUAUUAAAAAUGCCUUUGAACGAAGCUGAAGUUGCAGUGUUAAAAUUCACUUAUGUACCUUUUGUACUGAGAAAUGAGCAAUGCACAACAUUUUAUCUAACACAAAACAAUGAACAAUUGCAUUCCCACCUGGUAGAAUUUUCCUAUCUGUUUAAUAUAAGCAGUUUUUCCUCUUAAAAAAUGUUUGUUACUGAAUUUCAAUCAAUUCCCCAUGAAGAAACCCUGUGUGAAUUGUGUGUUACAUUGAAUCAAUAAAUGAAUAAAUAAAAUAAGCCUUCUUGAACCUUGAAAACAAUGUGCAUCUCUGCACUUUUAGUUCCUCGGUUUUAGUUUGGAAUGCCAGUGGGGCUGGAGGAUUACUUCCAGUCCUGCAGACUACAGACAAAUGCAUAAGGAGUUUAAUAGAGUAGAUCUAAUGAGAGAGCAGGCGAGAAGGGAGGAGGCGCUCAAUGCAAUGGAUCAGCUCUCCUCUCCACCUCAGCCAAUAGGUCAGACCAGGUGUAUUGACAGAGGCCAGUGAGGCGUUGUAUUGGCUCCUUGAUCGCUUAGCUGAGAGCUGCAAAUGGGUCAAGACGAGGCUAAACUUCAAUUAUGUGUCAAUGAUGUGGACCUUUAUGACACGAUUAGCUUGAUUUGUUUUUUUUUUUCAACAGCAAUGGAAAUUGUUCUAUUAUAAUUGUCCAUAAUUGUAAUAAAACCAUAAUCUGCCUUUGUAAAAAUAAAAAAAAAACUCUCUUUGUAAUAUCUUCUGUUGAGAAUGUGUCAAUAAAAAUAUGUUCGUUCCAACAUUA